GUAUGUUAUUUUUUUUUAGUCACACUUUCUGUCAAACGAAAUGAAGUUAGUUCGGAGGGCAAGAAAAAGUAUUCGAGAGCGACGUAUGAAAGCAUGCAUGAAAGAUCUCAGCUCGAAUCUUGCUAAAAUUGAAAUGCGCGUGUUUAAUAAGCAGAAGAAUGAACGAAUAGUCAAACGUAAGGAGUUAGGUGUGUCAGAUUCAGUCCCGAUGAAUGUUUUGAAGGGAAAGAUGAGUCCAGAAUUGUAUGCAAUUGAAUGUCGUCUUCAUCAAGAGGCGGGCUUACCGAGGCCUAAACCGUACCCUGAAUAUCAGGAUGAUGUGAGGAAAGCUAAUGAACAUAAGCAUCGUAUCGGAUUUGCAAGCUUUUCCACUAUUAUAGCUGCAGUUCGACGAAUCAAUUGCAAAGCAUAAGUGCACAAGUGGAGGUUCUAUUGUUUCUCAUAGAGGUCUGCAAUCAUGAGUAUACGCUUUUGGCUUCACUUUUUUCCCUCAGAAAAGGCUUCGCGGUUGCAUUAUGGAACAAUCCUCGGGUCUAAUGGAUUGUGUUUGUAUUCCAAAUGUAUGGUUGUCACAUACUCAGGCUAAUUGGGUUUUGUCACUUUCUUCUUUCUGCUCAAGACUUUGCUAUAUUUCCUUGUGCUGAGCAGAGCCAUUUCACACAAUUACUUUUUUCUUUUCGCUUUUUAUAAUAUGCAUUUUUCUAAAUACAUAGACGUAAUAAGGAGGAAGCAUGGUUAUGUCGAGAAGGGAAGAAGUCUGACGGGAGUGAUAUGAGUAUUUUAUAUACUAAUGAGGUAAGGAUCGCGUUGUUGUGAUUGAGGGAUUGUGAACAAUGCAUUUGCAUUCCCCUGUGAUUUUGAUCCAUGCCAGUACAUAUUCUAUGCAUAAUCACUGUAUUUCAAUUGAUGUUCACUGUCUAUCCUUUUCAGCCAAGAUCCAAACCAGCUUGAUUUUAGGCUUUUGGGGUUGAAUGACAUGUGUCUCAUGAGGAUCUCUAGUUUGUCAUAAAUAACGAGCUCUAUAUUAUUGCACAAUUUGUAAAUCAACACUCAGGUGGCCCAGAAACGCUGUUAGGUAUGGUAGGCAGGGACAGUAUGUUUGGAUUUAAUUGAGCGAUACAUUCGAAAAGUUCUGGUAAUGGCUUAGUGAAGUAUUAUUUGGGUUAGGUGCAUCCAAAUAAUGUGGUUAAGAUUUGGGCACCCAUGCAAGCCUGCAGCUAAUUUCACUACUAUAUUAUGCCAAUAGUCAUUAUUUUAGAGGUAUUUGUUCGCUUUUAUUUUCUGUGAGGGAGAACAUUUUCUCCAAAAGUAAGCCUUAUUGUGCAUGGAAAAAACACUUGGUGCACGUCUAUUAAUUCAUUCGCUUAGUUGCCUGCGAAGCUGGUUUCCCAUACUUAUAUAGUCAUAAUUAGCUUCUCUCAGUGGCUAGCUUGGUGAUAAAACACGCUA